AUGGGUAUAAAUACUUCAAAAGACUAUGAAUUUGAUGAUGAUUCUCAAAUAAACAAUGAUUUAGAUAGUCAAACAUCACUAUCUUUGAUAAAAAAUCGAUUAUUAUUUAAAUUAAUUAAAAAAAGUGAUUAUUAUGGAUGGCAAGAAAUUUAUCGUUGUAGUCAUGUAGAAUGGCUACAAGGAAUAUACGAACAAUUUGGUUUUAUUCGUCAUCGUUUUUUAUGUAAUUCUGCACUACAUAGUAUUUGUGGUCUUGGUUUUUGUUCUGAAGGUAUAUCAAAUAAAAUUUGUCGUCAUUAUCGUCAUAAAAUAAGAACAAAACAAUUAUUAUUUAAACCAUUUCAACGUCAAUUAAAUCAUUUUCAUAAUAAUAAUAAUGUAUUAAAAUCGAGAAAAUUAGCCGAACAUUUUGAAUAUAAUCAUGUUCCAGCCAUGAUUAGUUCUCUACAAAAUUAUUCUGUUCGUGCAAUUAUUAAUGGAAAUGAUAAUAUAAUUAUGUUACUUAUUUAUAGUAUUGUAUUAGAUAAAACAAAAUUUAUUAUUGUUGAUUUAAAACAAAAUUGUUAUUUAUGUUCAUUAGGUGAUUAUAAUGGAUUUCAAGAUGCACAUAAAAUUUAUUCAGCAUGGUCAAAUGAUCGAACAAAAGUUAUUAUACGUAUUCCAUUACAAUUUGGUGAACAAUCAAAUUUACAACAAACAAUUUAUGUAUUAGAUUUUUAUCAUGUAAUUAAAAAAGAUGGAAAAUUAUAUAGACGAGUAUUAUACACCGAUUCAAUAACAAAAUUUUCCUAUCAUCCAAAUUAUUGGACAUCUCGAUUGGCAAUCUAUGGUUAUUACGGCAAUUCAACAUUAGGUGUAUAUAACUUUAAUACAUCGCCAACAUUAAGUGGAAGUAAUAGUGCAAACAAUGUUCAAAAUUGGUCGUUAAAAUUGAUAUCAUUAUCAAAUAUCAAUAAUGAUAAUAGACAAAAUUAUUUAAAUAUAAUUGAUACAAAUUCAUGGACAAUUUUAGAAACGACUAAAAAUAAAUUACCAUUGAAUAAUGAUGAUCAACAACGUCAAUUACAAUCAAUUAUUUAUACACCUGAUAGUGUUUAUCUAUUAUUAAGUUUUUCUGAUACCCAAUGUCAUUGUCAAACUCUACAAAUAAUACCAUUACGAAUAACAUUUGAAAUAUAUAAUAGUGAAACAUUAGAUUAUUUAAGACAAAUUAAUACUGAUAUAUAUACGUGUCCACGUCAUAUGUGUCAUAAUUUAUUAACACCCAUAUUUUCCUCAUGUUCAUCACGAAUAGCAUUAUGUACAACAAAAACAAUAACAUCAACUCGUCAUUCUGAACAAUUAAUGCAAACUUCUCCACAAAUAUCAUCAACAACUCUCGUUCAAAUUUUUGUAUUACCAAAUGAAAUGAAUUUAAAAUCAAUCUGUCGACGAGUUAUCGUACAUCAUAUAAAUACAAUUGUCAAUAAAGAGAAAGAUAUGAAUUCUAUAACUGAACAGUUAUAUCUACCAUAUAGAUUACUAGAUUAUAUAAGAUAUAGACCUCAAUAUCAAUGA